CACAAGCUGAAGUGGAAAUGUUGUCAGUUGAAGCCAGACCCUUGUCCUGACUGUACUAAAGAAGCCGAAUGUGCGGAGGAGAAGCGACAACGCGAACUCGAGCUGAAGCAGAAGCUAGAAGAGGAGGAGAUGGAACGUUUGAUACAACGUGAACAGGAGCAGUUGGAGCACGACUUACGCAUGGCUGAGCUAGAUGCCAAGCUUAAGGCGGAAACAGAUGCGAUAGCUGACGCCCAGGUUGCACGGCAGCGGGCAAAUGUCCUGCAACAGAAAACUAAGGAUAUCGAAGGUGGCCAGAGCCCAUGCACAGAAGGCAGCUGCAAAUGCGCAGGUGCACGCCGACGCUUCCCUGUUUUGCUUCAGCAUCCAGGUCGACAAACCCCACAACUUCCUCCAUCUCAUACUCCCAAGGCAGUGUGCCACCGAUUCCGGAUCAGCCAGGCAAAGCGAAGCGGUUACUAACUCAAAGCAACCAGCCUCAGGUCUAUCAAUGAUGUUCAGUGUGACUCAGGAUUCGGCGAUGCUUUCCGGAGGCAGAUGGAGGCAGAUAGAGCUGCAGCGCUGGAAGCUCAACUGGAACGCAAUUGAGGAGGUAAAGAGGCGUGAGGCUGAAUCGAGUAGAGCUGCUGCAAGGCAGCGAGCUGUGGAGGCCGCAGCUCGGGCCCUUGCUGAGCAGAAUCAGAGGGCACGCGACCAGGCUGAGCAAGAACAACUUAGAUGCCAGCAGGAAGCGGUCCGACGUCGAGAGGCAGAGAUGCAGGCAGCAAGGGAGAGAGCUGCUGCUUCACUCGUUCGAAUGCGUCAGGAGGAAGAGAGGAAGAAACGCGAAGCACUUGCUGAACAGACUCAGAAGGCACGAGACCAGGCUGUGCAAGAACAACUCUCGUGCCAGCACGAAACACUCUGGCGCCAGCAAGAAACAGUCCGACGCCAAGAAGCAGAGGCGAAGGCAGCAAGGGAGAGAGCUGCUGCUGCUGCACACACUCAGGAGCAAGAGAGGAAGAAACGCAAAGAAGAGAGCACACAAGGCUACCAAUGGAUCAAACAAGUAUUGCCCGGGUGGCUAUCAUUUUUCUGACUCUCAGCUCCCCUACUUCUGCGUACAACAUCCAACUUUGAUUUACGACUCUGAGACAUGACUCCCCCGCAAAGGAUCCAUGUCAACGUUCACUGCUUUUCUGAACUUGGGGUUUCCUCACGCCUCUUUGCCAUGUUUUUUGCGCUCCUGUAGACGCUGGUUUUCCAAUCAUCGUUUAUUGUUCAUUGCCGCGAUGCCCUGUGUUGGACAAACAUACAUAUGUUGCGAUGUGCUGUAUAGUCGUGGAUUACUAUAUACGUCACUGUUAACUUGAUG